UGGGGUGGGUUCUCACCCUGCAUCGAGGGCACAGCCGCUCGUGGGAGCGCCUUGGGCAGGGCACGGUGAUGCCGCUGCCGCGGGUGGGCGCAGGCCUUGCUGCCUCCCAGCUGCCUUGCCCCCUCUCCUCCCUGCCCCCAGCUCCCCCCGCCACCACCUCCCUCCCUUCCAGCCACACUCAACCCCUUCUCUCCCUCCUCCCGCAGGCCAUGGCUGCCACAGAAUUCCUCAUCCGGGUUCUGCUAGGGACCAUUUGGUACCCGCAGAAGGUCGGUGAUGAGCUGGAUGAGGCCACGCGUGAGCGCAUGCAGCAACGUGCGGAGCUGCUGAGCUUGGAGAUGUCUCGGCUGCUGCAGGAGCUGGAGCAGAGCAGCCAGGAACCGCAUAGCCAGGAGCUGAGCAGCGUGGCCUGGGGAGCCCUGCUCUUUGCUGCCUUGCAGCAGUGGCAGUUCUGGGCCAUUGCUGGAGUCCUGGUCCUGCUCUCUGGGCUCUGGUGGUGGCUCAGGAAAAGGAGCCGUGAACAGGACGGCAGCAGUGAUGAGGAGAGCUCAAGCAAUGAGGAGAGCUCUAGCAGUGACAGGGAGCAGGAGGAAGAAGAGGAGCAGGAAGAGGAGCAGGAGGAGGAAGAAAGUGAUGGAGAAGGUCCUGAUGAUGAGAGGGAUCUGGGUAGGACUUUUGCAAAGCGCAUCCAGUGGCCAGUGCAGAACCUGGCCUACUGGCGACGUGUGGUGGAGGAGCUGGCGGGUGACCUCCUCCAUGUCUUCCAAGGUCAAUGGUCAACUAGUUUCUCUCCAGUGCUGCAGCCAGCCAUCAAGGUGGGCAGCGCCUUUGAAGGUUGGAGUCCCCAUGGGGACGAUGCUGUCUACUGCCUGCUCGUGCCCCUGCAGGCCCCCCGUGGGCACGCCUUCCAGCUCGAGCUGAGCACCGUGGGGGAACCGCCGGCGAAGGUUUCCUGCAUCCGCGUGGAGCUGGUGUGCACCUGCAUGAGGGCGCAGCUUGUGGAGAACUUGCUGUGCUUCCUCCACCACUCCGAGGAGGAGCUGAGGAGGAAUCAGGACCCCAGCCUCCUAGACACCCUCUGCACAGGCUCCUACCUAGAUGUGCAGAAAACUGCCCACUGGUUCCAGCAAUUUGUGAGGUCAGCCUGGAUGCUGAUGCCUCUGUCCGGUCGCUACAAUAUGAAGGUGCUGCCCUCCAGUCGCUCCUGCAAGCUGCAGCUGACUAAUGCCUCCAGGAGGACCCUCUUUAUUGAGAUCACGUUGGGUGUGCAGCAAGGCGACUCGGACAUCUUCUUGAGCAGCCAGAGUACAGAGGAUAUCCUCACCCCAAGCACGACGUGGCUGGAGAGCUACACUGUGGCUGAGAUGAAGUUCUUCAGGCACAUAGCCCGGCAGGUCCCGCGUGACAGCUUCCACCUCAAAUGCCUGCAGCUCUGCGCUCGUGCCAUGGUGGGCACAGGCUUUUCCACCUACACCUUGAAGACAGCUGUGAUGCACCUCCUGACCACCAUACCCCUGUCAGGCUGGCGCAGGAGGGAUUUCCUGCUGCGGCUGCAGGAUAUCAUGCGAUACCUGCGCUGCUGCCUGGAGGAGAAACGCCUUGACCACUUCUUCUUUGGCAAUGAGAACAUGCCCCAGGAGAUCGUCUUGCCCCCAGCUUUACAAGCGGCCGAGCCACCCAACCUCUUCCAGCAUCUGGCACAGGAUCCAGCCGCCCAUGCUGAGGCACUGCAUGACUUCUAUGAGCUGGAAGAUCGGCUCACGAGACUGCUCUUCUAUGGAAACUGAAAGAGGUCUUCCAGAGCUGUGUUUGCAGGGCUCACAGCCAACGGCAGACAGUGACCUCCUACUGCAGGGGAAAAAGAGGGGAGAAUGUGGGACACAGAAAGGAAAGGGCAAACCCUGUGCAGCAGCCCUCUGCCAAGACCAGCAGCUUUCUCCUCUCAACGGUCUCCCCAGCGCAGCAGCCGGUGACAACUGCAGUAGUGACAAAGAUGACUUUCCUCCUGCUGUAUUGGGAAUUGCUGCCGCACCUUUCCUGCACAGCAAAAGCACACUCUGGGGAGUGGGACCCCAUGCAGCUGAAGGGGCUGUUGCAAGGAGGCUUGCGACAGAGUCUCCGGUACCACCUCGACAGCGACCGCCUUCCCUCUUCGAGAGAGUCCCUUCCUUUGGGACUUUUACUGUGUGCAAAAGUGCCCAUAAAUGACGUCUUUGAACAAAUGCUGAAUCUGCGAGUAUCUGUGCACCAUUUUGUCGGGGAACACGGGCAUCGGCUGCUGACGGCUCAGCUGCCACAGAGUCAGGGACCAUUUUGCAGAAGAGCUGAUGCAGCGGGCUCUGGUUUCACUGAUUCUGUAGCUGAGGAUCACCAGCCUCUCUGUGCUCCUGCCUUGGGCCCGUCAGGAUCAUUUGUCACCCUCCACAGCUGUGCACACUGCCUGUGGGCCACA